AUGUCCCCGGCCCGCGCCCCCAGCCGGCGCCCCGCGGAGCCCCCGCAUGUCAGUCACGGGAGCGGAGCCCACGAGGCCCUGGAGCGCGGUGGCUGGGCCCGUAGCGCCACCUGGCGGCGGAUCAGGGCCCCCGCGCCCUUGCGUCCCGGGAAGUGGGAGGAGAAGGGGCAGGGGGCUCCACCCUGCACCACCACCCGCAGCGCGCUCCCGAGGCCGUUCCCCAAGGAUGCGCGGGCCCGAGGGGAGGGCGACGCGGCCCGCGCGGCGCGUUCCUGGCCGCCUGGAGUCCGGGAACGGCGAAUUCCACUCUUAGCGGACCCAGACGAGGCGCAGCGGGAGGGGAUCGGUGGGAACGGAAACAGCGGUCACCCGGAAGCCCAGAACCAGCGAGUACGCGGUGCAGUGUUCGCUUCCCAAAUGUUGUGGGACAAACGCCUUUCAACUGUUUCUGGACGCCGGAAUUUUGCGGCACUGGUUUCUAUGGCUACACAUAUUGGACCCCUAAGCCCUGGAAGUUGGGGUCAGAGAGAGUGGACAUCCUCACUGCUCCUGGAGGGACCAACGCAACAGGGGGAGCAAAGAUACUUCCUCUUUGGACCCCACUUUCUCCAUCUGUGGCACGGGAAUACAUUUGAGAGGACCAUCCGAACCUCAUGAAGUUUUGUGAAAGUGCAAUGAGAUGAUGCAGCCUAUGGCCUUUGCCUGCCUUCUGCAGAAACUAAACCUCCUUGAGUGGAAUAGAAGGUAAAAAUGCCUCCUAAUGAAGAGGGUCACAUCCGGUGGUCUCCAACUCUAGCAUUCCUCAAUUUUAUGAUCUCUAGUUUCUGGUCUUGAUUGGUGCUAUAGGGGCUUCUAACAUUCAAGUUCUGGUUUGUGGGACUCAGUGAACCUCUUUUGGAUAAAUAUUGACUAUAGCUUGUUGUUUUCUUUUAUGAUGCACACACAAAAAAUGUCAGAGGAGCUGAGCAGCUGAGUUUGACUUCUAAAGAAGUUAUAGGCCUGUGUCUCUCCUUCUGUUAUUCUCAGGCUCAAUUCUUACCCUUGUCCCAUGUGUCCACCCACCUGAAAAUCAAAAGAUGAGCUCCCUGCCAUUCUGGGACAUCUGCCCUGAUUGAAGACCUGCAGAAAAGCUGAGGUGUCUAGGGUUUUGAAAUAAAAUUUCUUCUGCCUACAACAGAUCCGCAUCUAAUCAAAACCAAACCCUUAAUUAAAAAAAAAAUCUCAGGUACUUAAUUUGAUUUACUUAUCUGCAUAAUAUUGGAGGACAAAAGAAACCUGCCCCACAGCCUGCGUUUCUGUUGCAGGCCAAGGGAUGGCCCCUUGUGACCCGCCCCCAUAACCAGGCUGGCCUUGGGGGAGAGACAGCCAGUUCACUCCUCUCAAUGCAGUUCCUCUGCUUUGGGGGCGGGGGGUGGAGGGGUGGAGUGGAUGUUCCACGUGUGGGAAGAUUCUGGAAAUGGCUUUAUAGAAAAAAAACCUUUGUUCCACAUUUCAACUGCUGGCUUAAAAUGCCCAGUUCUCUGAAAGUGGACUUCUUUUGCCUAUGUUGUGUCUGUGGCACAAAGAGGAUUCGGCGUCAGAUGCUUUAGGGACAAGCUUUGUGGAGAAGGCACUCAGGAGCCAAGGCGGGUGGUCACUGGAGGCAAACGCCUUCUAACACUUUUGCCAGCCUUGGGUGACAUUUGAUUGUCAUGUUUAGUCCGUUUAGCUACCCUCACUGGGGGCACCUUGUAAACGCCUAAGGACAAAAGUUCAUGUCAAAUGUGUCCUCAGGACCACUUAGCAAAACUGAAAGGGCUGAAAACUCCUACUUGAAUAUGAUUGACAUUGAAAGCACCUAAGCUAAGUUGCAGCAGGGGACCUACCCAACCAGAGCCCACUGGUUUUAGGUCAGCACAGUCGGGCAAUGUGCUUUCUGGCCAGCAGGGGGCGCCCCAGAGUCCCAGAGAGCCAGACAAGCAGCCUUGUCCUAACACAGAACAGAGAAAAAGGUGCUCAAGAAACCUUCUCUCCCGAAAAGGGAGCUUUUGGAACCCGAAUGGCUAUUCAUAUCACACAUUAAAUACUAUUCAGAAAAUAAGGUAAAAUCAGGCCAUCAGAACUUUGAACAAAUGUCGUGUCCAUUUUAUUAUUGAAAAAUUGCAUCAGAUGAGAGUAUUUUUUCCCUCAAAUGGCCUAAGUGAUAGCUUAGAAGAGCUUCAUUUCACGUCUUUUAAUUUUGAAUUAUUCUCUUAUCUGUAAUAAAGCAUCAGUCAAGCACAGAAUUAGUAUUCUGGAAGAAAGGGCUUAAUGAGCGAAGACAUUUCUAUCUGGGGUAGGGAGAGCAUCUUAUUUUGCUUAAGUGUUUCAGAAGGAAUUUGUAGGGAAAGAGGCAGAAUAUUUGGUACGACUAAAUGGAAAAAAAUAUGUUGGUCUCUUCUCUUUUCCCAUAUGUGCCAUAAACCAGUUCACACGGCAGCACCUCACUGUACUGUAAGUUCGACAUAAAACACUCAGUAGAAAACUUGGGCUCUUCCUUUCAGUUCUGCUAGAUUCUUUUAUUAAUGAGAGUGAAGCAAAAACACAGCCUCCUUUCUCCAGUUACAUUUCUGGCAUCGGAUGCUCCAUCAUACACCAUCAUCUGCAGCAGGCGACUUUGGAAAUAGCUGACUAUUAGCAACUUAAUUGCCCUUGAAUAUACAAUGCACACUUGUGCAGACGAUUCAUGAAGAUGGCUGCCAACAGACAGUGAAAUGAGAACAAAUGGCCUCUUGGGUUACGUCCGUAUCGAAGUUUUAAAGAAGGAGUAAAAGAAGAUGUGGCUAUAAAUGGAAGUUUUAGCAGAGUUUAAUAAGUGUCUGUCACUCCAUCUGAGGCACUGACUAGGAUUUUAACUGUGGGUUAAAGGCCAGUUGAUGUCCAGUGUAUGAAUAAACAGGUAGCGAGUAUCAUCCAAGCAUCUAUUAAUUCACUGACCUUUUGGAUUAUAGAUGUAAGAAAUAAAUAUGUUUAAAAUAUGCAUUUGAUAGUAACAGCUUCGUAAUAAAGGUUUUUUGUUUUUU